ACAUGAUGAAGGAUGGUGAUCAUUACGUGCUUGUCAUUUAUGAUGUUUACGGCGAAGAUGCCGACGAGUACUCGUGCAGGGCAAUCAACCCUGGCGGAGUGAAAUCCACGCGUGCCGAACUCAUCAUCAAAACUCCUCCAAAGUUCAACAUUCCUCCGCGAUUCCGCGACACUGCGUUCUUCGACAAAGGCGAGAACGUUGUCAUCAAGAUUCCUUUCACGGGCAAUCCCAAGCCAAGGAUUGUGUGGUCCAAGGAUGGAGAGGUUAUCGAAUCUGGAGCUCACUUCUCCGUCUCCAAGAAGGAGCGUCAUGCAAUUUUAGUGAUCAAAGAUGCUUCGCGGCUUGACAGCGGUCCUUACAGCAUUGUAGGCGAAAACGAGCUCGGAAUGGACUCACACAUCAUCAAAAUCCAGAUCAGCGACCGUCCGGACCCACCGAAAAUGCCGACGAUCGAGAAGACUCUUCGGGACGGAGUUUUCCUCACGUGGCAGCCGCCUUCUUGGGACGGCGGCUCGCACGUCACCUCGUACAUUGUGGAGCGUCGAGAGGAGCCCAUGACUUCUUGGAUUCGUUGUGGUACGACGCGGUUGACGAGCCAUCAAGUGACGGAACUUUCUCCCGGUAAAACGUACGAGUUCCGCGUCAUGGCGGAAAAUGUUUACGGCCGCAGCGACCCGUCGGCUACGUCCAGGUCCGUGCAUUUGCCGGACGUUGAGAAAAAGGACAAGUCGAAGAAGCGAUACGAAUUUGACGAGACCGGGAAGAAAAUCCGGGGACGAGCGGACGAGAAACCGAAAGACUAUGAUCAAUUCGUGUUCGACAUCUACUCUCGAUUUAUGCCGCAACCGGUGGAGAUCAAGGCCGACGUGAGUGUACACGAUGACUACGAGAUUCUGGAAGAAAUCGGCUCUGGUGCUUUCGGCGUUGUUCACCGAUGUCGUGAGCGGGCAACCGGACACAUCUACGCUGCCAAAUUUAUCCCGGUGGCACACCCGAUGGAAAGAUCGUUGAUCCGCAAAGAAAUUGACAUCAUGAACCAGCUUCAUCAUCCCAAGCUCAUUAACCUCCACGGGGCUUACGAGGACGACGACGAAAUGGUCCUCAUUUUCGAAUUUUUGAGUGGAGGAGAAUUGUUCGAAAGGAUCACCGCUGAAGGUUAUACGAUGUCGGAAGCCGAAGUCAUCAAUUACAUGCGACAAAUUUGCGAGGGUGUCAAGCAUAUGCACGAGAGGAACAUCAUCCAUUUGGAUAUCAAACCGGAGAACAUCAUGUGUCAGACUCAGAGGACAACUAACGUGAAAUUAAUCGAUUUCGGGUUGGCGACCAAACUCGAUCCGAACGACGUGGUAAAAAUUUCAACUGGAACAGCUGAAUUCGCUGCUCCUGAAAUUGUUGAAAGGGAACCAGUCGGUUUCUACACGGAUAUGUGGGCUGUUGGCGUUCUUGCCUACGUUCUGUUGAGUGGAUUGUCGCCGUUUGCGGGUGAAAAUGACAUUGACACGCUCAAGAAUGUGAAGGCCUGCGACUGGGAUUUCGAUGAAGAGGCUUUUGCUCACGUGUCCGAAGAGGGCAAGGACUUCAUUCGCAGACUUUUGGUGAAAAGCAAAGAGAAACGUAUGACAGCGCAUGAGUGUUUGAUACACGCAUGGCUGAAAGGGGAGAGCAAAGCUGGAGCGGAAAGCGUCGGGACUGGGCGACAUCUGGCGUACAGGGACAAACUGCGAGCUAAAAUUCCCAAUUGGGACACAUUUCUUCUCCCCAUUGGUCGCCUGGCAGAAUACUCUUCCCUGCGUCAAUUAUACGUCGAGAAGUACAAGAUACACGAGUUCUUUAUU